AUGUCCCAGCAGCUAUACCGCUCGUGCACCCUGGGCGACACGUUGCAGGAUACUCUCGACGAGCUAAUCCAGAACGAUCUGAUCACGCCAGCCCUGGCCCACAAGGUGCUCCUCCAGUACGAUAAAAGCAUUAUCGAGGCCCUCAAACAGAAGGCGAAGGCAAGCUUAUCCAUCAAGGCGAAAAAGCUGAGGACCUACAACCUCUGCGACAAUGUGUGGUCCCUCAAGCUGGAAGAUGUGGAAAUCCGCGAGCUGCACGAAAUCGUCAAAGUCGACAAGGUGAAAGUUGUGGCAACCGAAGCCCCAAAGGAAGGCAACAAGCAAUGA